AUGCAGCUCACUCCUACCACCGUGGUAUUGUUGUUGAUAUUGUCAUGUCUUUUGGUUUCUAUUUCUUCCACUCACCAACAGGAUUGUCUUCCUGUUUCAAUUUCUCCAACAAAACAGAUAUCCUGUUCUGAUACAGCUUGUGUGUAUAAUAUUAACACAGCUCUCACAACCUCCUAUACUGGUGAUAAUUAUUGUUUUAAAUUGACCGAUGACAGUUCUAUGGUAAAUAUUACUUUAGGUGAUGAUUUUUCUGCUGUAUUGUCAUCUUCCUAUUGUUAUUAUACUGACGAUCCUCUUCCAAGAUAUACAGCAUUUUGUAGCAGUACUGAUGUUUGUACACCACCAAGUUUUACUGGUAAUACUUAUCCUUCUAGUUUUUCAUAUAAAACUCCAACUUACAAACAGCAAGGUUACAGUAGAGCUUGUUACAAUGUUGCCUUUGAAGCUUUUAGACGUUUUAAGGUUUGUAAAUUAAACAAACCAACCUAUUCUGGUUCAGUGAUUGCUACCUAUCAAGAAUUAACAUACACCAUACCUAUUGCUAAUAAUGUUGGUGUUGUUAAACUUGGAACCUCUGGUGUCAGUGUUGUAGUUAAUUUAACAUCAUCUACUCUCCCAUUUAGUACUGAUUUUGUUGUGGUUGACUUGACUGCGCAAACAGAUUUUUACUUUUUACCUUAUUCAAUGGUAAAUUCAGAAAGCACCAAUGAUGUUUCAAGAAUUGGUUGGGUAAAAGUUAAUAAUGUUAAUAACGCAGAAUCAAUGAUUAAUUGUCAAUCACCAAGAGGUACAUGUAAUUUUAAUGUAACGCUUCCUCAAACUUCAGUAUUACAAUCUCUAAUGCACUUUUCAACAGAUUGUAAAAAUCCUAGCACCACUACUCUUUCAUUUGAUAAUGCAUCCAUCACAAGACGUAUUUUAGAGCUCAAUUCAGCCAAUAGAGCAUCCAUGCUAACUAAAUCAUCCGUUUAUUCAGACAAGAAUUUAGCUUUAUCCAUUUCAGCUAGUAAGGAUUUCAUCUCUCAUGCGAUUGCUAGACCUGAGCAUAUUUUGGGAUAUGGUUAUUUGGGUGUGGAUUCUAAUGGUGAACCUAUUAUUAUUGGUAAUGAUAUUAAUGGUAUACCAAGUGUUACAUACUCAUCAACAGAAACUGUUUCAGAUAGAAUGACAAAUUGUGGCGUUAUUUCUGGAGAUGCUAAAGUUUAUCAUGCACUUGAGAAGGCAAUUCCAAAUAAUCCAACUGCUGUUUCUACAUAUAUGUACUCUUUCAAUUCUUCAUGUACAUAUAUUCAAAGGUAUGAUGCAAUUAAUCGUGAUGGACCUUUUGCAUGGCAAGGACUUGGUGGUUAUGAUACACCACAAAACACAGAGUUGACUGCAUAUACUUGGCCUGAUAAUAUGCUCAAGCGUAUUACUUUUUAUGGUAACAAUACUGAACGUGGAUUCAUUCCAGUAACUGUAGAACCUCUUGAUACAACUGCUCUUGCAACAGUUACAAUUUCACUUUCUUCAUUAACUUCAAUUUCUAUUCAAGUUGGUGGAGAAUUGACCAUACCAAUACCAAAAGUAAGAUCACAAGUAACAUUGAUGAAUUGUAGCUCCACAACAUGUGUAAUUUCUUCAAAAGAUGAACAAGGUUGUUGGUUUGAGUCAAAACCAGCAGUUUUUAGACCUACAUACGCACCACUUCAAGUUUCAAGAAAAAAUCAGCUAAUGAUCUAUCCAACCAAGGACUUUACAGGUACCAUUGAAAUGAUAGUUACCUGUGGUAAAUACUCAUCAAGUUUAUUGAUGGACUAUAAUUUCAAACUCUUACCUAAUGGUACUGUCGUUGACAUUGAUCCUCCUUCUAAUAGUUGGACAACUGAAUUGAAUUAUUUAUAUGCUGAGAUGAAGAAAGUGUUCGUUGAGUUUUUUGACUCAUUCGACUAUGAUAUCUCCUCUUUUUAUGGUACAUCUGGUUUGAAGAGGGCCUUGAUAACUAUUGGAAUCUUUACUUUACUUGCUAUUUUCACAACUAUAAUUGUAACCAUCUUGUUUUGUUGUAUGAAUCAAUAA